AUGCCCGUCGAGCUCCGCAAGCGCAAAGCCCCCGAGCCUGCUCCGGCUCCUGCCCCUAAGAAGGCUUCCUCCAAGGUCGCAAAAGCAGCUGCAAAGGUCAAGGAGACUGUCAAGGACAAGCCCGCGAAGCCAUCUGCUGAGGAGUCCAAAAAGCCCGUCAACGCCAAUGGCUCCGACAAGAAGGUCAAGGCGACCAAGGGCGAAACCAUUGAUCUCGAAGGCUUUGGCGGCGAGUUCGAAACCAACGAUGGCGAGGCGACAACUCUGAAGGAGCUUGUUGACAAGAGCAAGGCCGGAGUUGUCCUCUUUACCUAUCCCAAGGCCUCUACUCCUGGCUGCACCACUCAGGUGUGUCUCUUCCGAGACUCCUACGAGCCGCUCACUAAGACGGGCUUAGCCAUCUAUGGCCUGUCCACGGACUCGCCCAAGGCCAACACCACCUUCAAGACAAAGCAGAAACUGCCCUACCCUCUGCUCUGCGACCCCAAGGCUACCCUUAUCGGGGCCAUUGGAUUCAAAAAGUCGCCUAAGGGUACGCAGCGCGGUGUAUUUGUCGUUGACAAGUCCGGCAAGGUCCUCGCUGCUGAGCCCGGCGGUCCCGCUGCCACUGUGGACGUCGUCAAGGCGCUGGUUGAGGAGAGCGGUAUCGAUGCCGAGCCUGUCGCCAAGGCCGCCGCCGCUGCUGCUGAUGCCGAGGAAGAGCCAGCCAACGGCGAGAACAAGGACAAUGAGAAGAAGGAGGAUGUUACCGACGAGGCUGACAAGAAGGAUGAGAAGGACGAGUAG